AUGUCGCAGGUGCUGCCCUACGGCGAGGACAAGGUGGGCCGCUACGGCGCCGAGCCCGAGGCGGGGGAGCUGCCCUUCAGCUGCCGCCUGCAGGACACCAACGCCUUCUUCGGGGGCAACCAGGGCAAGCGGCCCCCCAAGCUGGGACAGAUCGGCCGCGCCAAGAGAGUGGUGAUCGAGGAUGACCGGAUAGACGAGGUGCUCAAGGGCAUGACGGAGAAGUCGCCGCCGGGGGUGUAAGCCGG